CUCCGAGGAAUCCCAAUGAUUACAAGAUAUAAAAGACCGAGAGAGGUACAUGAAGACGGGGCACCGCGUUACGAGGCGAAUGUACAUCCAGAAGAGAGGGACAGAGGCCAGAGAGGUGGGGAAAAGGAGGCAUUACUCUCACUCUGGAUUCUGCCCCCGUCUCUUCUUCGCUGUAUUUCCCCCACGUGCUACCUCAAUUCGUUUGGCAUCCACCAUCGGGGAUAUAAAGGUAACCCCGUUGCCAUAGUCAGAGUCACACAGAGCCAAAACGGCAUAGCAGUAACUGACAUGAAUCCUCUUUUUGCGUGCGCCUUCAUCACUCUUGCAGGGCUAGCCCUUGCUGAGCCCCCAGUUGGAUACAACUACAACAGACCGAGCGGUGGUGGACACUCAUCAGGAGGUGGUGGAUACUCAGGAGGUGGUGGAUACUCUGGUGGCGGUGGUUUCUCAUCGGGUGGAGGUGGUUACACCCAAGUAUCCCCUGGCUUCCAAUCCAACGAGGGUGCACAGGUCGAUGGUGCCCUUCUCGAGCAGAUCCGUCAGAUUCUCCUGAAGGAGGAGAGCCAGUCUGGAUCGGGUGGAUCAGGUGGUUCAGGUGGCUACCCAAGCUCGUCCUACGGUGCUCCAUCAGGCAGCUACGGGCCCCCAUCAACCCAAUACGGAGUGCCAUCCUUCGGUGGUGGACGCGUUGUUGGAGUUGAUCUUGAGGGAAUCAGACAGGCAAUCCAAGUUGCCCAGCUUCACCAGGUCAGCCAGGGUAGCGGCGGUGGUUCAUUCGGAGGAUAUCCAAGUGGGCCCUCUGGUUACCCAAGCGCACCAUCCGGCAGUUAUGGAGCACCAAGCAGGCCCAGCGGCAGCUACGGUGUUCCCUUCUAAGCCACCAAUACCUUUCAUCUAAAUCCCAAGGGCAUGAACCAAUAAGAUCGAUUGGAGCUUCGUGUAUGGACGCGGGCGUUCUCCAGUGGGAAAGCUCUGGAAACCUGUGGUGAUCCUCGCUGGGGCCUAGUCGUACCCUCAGCGCGGUCAUCCAUGGGUAUCAAGGUUCAUUCGUCCAACAUAAGUGCCCGAGGGAAGACCAGGAAAACCAGGAAAAUGAUUUGAGUAUUUUUCCGAGGUAACGAUUAACAGCAAUGCACCUUGGCUUGAUCAAGGGCGAUAAUUGAGGAAGAAUAGUCGGACAUAAACAACAUCACAAUCGUACGAAGAUGAAGAGCGAUAGUAAUCAAAGAGAUCAUCAUUUAUCAAAGUAAAAAAAACCCAAGAGACAAAACCAUAGAUAAAAUAUCUGAUGCGUCAGAUGUAGAGAAACUACUGAGGAGACAAGAGUUGGAGGAGAAUGAUCGUGAUCUUUGCGCUAACUUGCGCAUUUUGUAAAUAAAAUUCCACACGCUUUUUUUUAAUAUGUUAAAACAUAAGAGGGGAUUGAGUCGGACGGCGUUAACGGGUGUUCAAUGCUAGCCUCUGCUAAUCGACGGGGUUUAAGAGAGUUUCACCUGUGAGAAAUGACAAGAUGAAAAUCCACUGGUAGACUUAUGCAAGACCGGAAACACGAGAGGGCAGGAAGAGAGGUUAAGCCGGAGGAGUCUUGUACGGGUGAGAGUGAAAUUCUAACGUCUGGAGGCGAUUAACUUGGCGAUUUUUUUUCACCGGAGACGAGUACGUGGACAAACUUAGGGCAUUCAAUUAAUGGCCACGUGAUCGUCUGCGGGAAAUUCUACAAGUUUGAGAGGGAGAGCAGGGGAAACCGGAUACGCCGUCGGAGACAGUCGUCUCGGAGUUAUACAAACAUCAAACACUAUUUUUUUACUUAAUUUCUUGUUUUAUACUCAAUUGUGCAUUUUUAUACUUGUAUAAAGGCUUUUUUGUAGAAAACAAAAAAAAUAAAAAAAAUACGUCGCCACCGUUGAAAA